UAUAAAUAAGAGACUUGAUUAAUGGCCAAUCACACUCAAAACAACAAAAUGAACUCCUUUGGUCUCACAUUGACAGCUCUAUGCUGUGUAGUGCUUGUGCUUGGAGGCUUACCCUUCUCUUCUGAUGCACAGCUUGAUGCAUCUUUUUACAGAAACACUUGUCCAGAUGUACAUUCCAUUGUUCGUGAAGUCAUAAGAAAUGUUUCCAAGACAGAUCCAAGAAUGCUUGCUAGUCUCGUCAGACUUCAUUUUCAUGACUGUUUUGUUCAAGGUUGUGAUGCAUCAGUUUUGCUGAACAAAACUGAUACCGUUGUGACAGAACAAGAAGCUUUCCCUAAUAUCAACUCUUUAAGAGGCUUAGAUGUUAUAAAUCGGAUCAAAACAGCAGUGGAAAAUGCUUGUCCUAACACUGUUUCUUGUGCUGAUAUUCUUGCUCUUUCUGCACAAAUUUCCUCUAUUUUGGCACAAGGUCCUAAUUGGAAAGUUCCAUUAGGAAGAAGAGAUGGUUUAACAGCAAAUCAAUCACUUGCUAACACAAAUCUUCCAGCUCCUUUCAACACAUUAGAUGAACUCAAAGCUGCUUUUGCUAAACAAGGCCUCACCCCUACUGAUCUAGUUGCUCUUUCCGGUGCUCACACAUUCGGAAGAUCUCACUGUUCCUUAUUCGUCGAUAGGUUAUACAAUUUCAGCAAUACCGGAAAGCCUGAUCCAUCUCUCAACACAACUUACUUACAAGAGUUACGCAAAACAUGCCCUAAGGGUGGAAGUGGAACAAACCUAGCCAAUUUUGACCCUACUACUCCGGAUAGAUUUGACAAGAACUACUACUCUAAUCUUCAGGUUAAAAAGGGUUUGCUUCAGAGUGAUCAAGAGCUUUUCUCAACAUCUGGUGCUGAUACUAUUACCAUUGUGAACAAGUUUAGCGCUGACAAAAAUGCUUUCUUUGAUAGCUUUGAGACUGCAAUGAUUAAAAUGGGAAAUAUUGGUGUGCUUACUGGGAACAAAGGAGAGAUUAGAAAACAUUGUAAUUUUGUUAACAAGGAUCGUAUCAGAAUGGCUUCUAGGGAUUCAUCAGAAUCUGCUAUGGUUAGUUCAAUUUAAGUACAUUAAGGUAGUGAUUGGAGAGUACAAAUAAAGAAGAUAUAACUAGGCACAUUCUUGGCAUGUGUCAGAUUGUUAUUAUGUGUUUGUGAGAGAAAUUUUGUUGUAUUUGAAGUUUAUAGUUUAUGUUUGGAUUUACGGUUAGUUUGAUGAAAUUACAAUGAAACUGUGAUUUCAUCAAGCUUACUACCAAUUCAAAUGUGUAGGAGGAAGUCUUUCUUUGAGUUGUGUUUAUAACCAAUUUUCUGUUGCUUGUUUUGAACUUGCUAUCGCAUGAAUUAUUGAGUUAGAUAUGUAAUUAUGUACGUGCGAAUUCAUAAACGUUAAGAGCAUUUAACAGAUUUUA